AAAUCAGAACCGUUAGAUUUGUGGAGCACUUUGCAAGGAUUCACUACCCAAAAUUUGAGCUAAAAUAAAUGAGAAUCAACCCCUUAAUCUUCAAGUCAAAGUGUCAAAACCCACUAUUUCUCUCUUAAAAUUAUCAUGGAAAUCCGUUAUCUUUUCUUUUUUUUCUUCUAUGCCGUGAUGAAAAUCUGCUUUGCGACUAAUACCUUAACUUCAUACCAGUCCAUCAUAGACCAUGACAACACCACUUUAAGUUCCUCUGAGAAUAUCUUUGAGUUGGGGUUCUUUUCUCCAGGAGAUUCCAAGUAUAGGUACUUAGGAAUAUGGUACAAGAGAACACCUGAUGUCAUCGUUUGGGUUGCAAAUAGAAACAACCCACUUGCUGAUUAUUUUGGAGAACUAAGGAUCAGUAACAAGUCAAACCAGCUUGUUCUUCUAAACAGCUCAAAAAUCAUUAUUUGGUCGUCAAAUUCAUGGUCGGAGGGGACAGAGAAAAAUAUUGUUGCUCAGCUUUUGGACUCGGGUAAUCUCGUCCUCAAAGAUAUGAAUAGUAUGAACUCCGAGCAAUAUUUAUGGCAGAGCUUUGAUUUUCCAACAGACACACAAUUACCAGGUAUGAAGCUUGGAUGGGACUCAAAAUCUGGCCUAAAUCGAUAUUUAACAUCAUGGAAAAGUGCUGAUAACCCUUCCGAAGGAGGCUUUACUUACAGAAUGGCCACUUACGGCAUACCUCAAGGGGUUCUAGCAGAGGGCUCGAUCAUAAAGUUUCGGACAGGGGAAUGGAAUGGAGUUCGUUUUAGUGGUGUUCAACUGUUGACAUCAAACAAUAAUACACUAAACUUCACUGUUUCUAUCAAUGAGAAUGAAUCCUAUUACCUAUGUGAGCCAGCGGCUAAUUUACGAUUCACUGCACGCCUAACAUUGAAUCAUUCAGGAAUACUCGAACGUCUUGUAUUGGAGGAUAGGAGUACACAAUGGAGUAUUAUGUACUCGAGACCAUACGAGCCAUGUGACACCUAUGGCUACUGUGGUGUAAAUGGUAUCUGCAAAAUCAAUGGGGAUCCCAUAUGUGAUUGUUUAGAGGGGUUCACUCCGAGGUCUCAACGGUGCUGGGAUGUGUUAAAUUUAUCCAAAGGGUGUAAGAGGAAAACACCAUUAAAUUGUCAGACAAAAUAUGGCUUUGUCAAGGUUGCGGGAGUGAAACUGCCUAACUUGUUGAACUUUCGUUUGGACAAGAACAUGAGCUUAGAGGAGUGUGAGUUGUCUUGCUUGAAGAAUUGUUCUUGUUCUGCUUAUGCCCGUUCAGACAUUAGACACGGAAGAAGUGGUUGUUUGAUGUGGUUCGACAAUCUAAUCGAUGUCCGAGUAUUCAGCGUGAAAGGAAGUGAUCAAGAUUUGUAUAUAAAAUUAUCUGCUUCAGAAAUAAAAUCUACUAGAGUUGCAAAAAGGAGGAAAACUUUAAAGGUAAUCGUCAUAGGUUCAGUUAUCACUAGCCUGUGUGUCUUGGCUCUGGUACUUUGGUGCAUAAUUCAAAGACCAAGAAAACUAAAAGUGAGAGCUCAACGCAUCGAUGAAUGUAUAAAGCUGCCUUUAUUUGAUUUGGCUGAAAUUAGCGCUGCUACAAACAAUUUCUCUCCUGAAAAUAUAUUAGGAGUGGGAGGAUUUGGUCCUGUUUACAAGGGAAAUCUUUCAACAGGACUAGAAAUAGCAGUGAAGAGACUAUCGAAAGAAUCACAACAGGGUGCAAAAGAGUUUAAGAAUGAAGUAGACUUAAUUGCAAAACUUCAACACAAGAAUCUUGUUGCCCUUUUGGGAUGUUGCAUUCAAGGAGAUGACAGGAUGUUAAUCUAUGAGUACUUGCCCAAUAAAAGUUUAGAUUAUUUUAUUUUUGAGCGUCAAAAGAGCAGUUGGAUAUCUUGGGAAAAUAGCUUCGACAUUGUGAUAGGAAUUGCCAAAGGACUCAUGUACCUCCAUCAUGAUUCGAAACUUCAAAUUAUCCAUAGGGAUCUCAAAGCUGGCAACAUUUUACUAGAUUCCAAUAUGACUCCGAAGAUUUCAGACUUUGGUUUAGCAAGGAUUUUUGAAGGUGAUGAGAGAGAAACCACAACAAGGAGAGUUGUUGGAACAUAUGGCUAUAUGUCCCCAGAGUACGCAGUUGAUGGAAUAUUUUCUGUUAAAUCUGAUGUCUUUAGUUUUGGUGUACUAUUGCUUGAGAUAGUAAGCGGUGAAAAAAAUUGAAGAUUCAAUCAUCCAGAUCACCAUCAUAAUCUUCUAGGACAUGCAUGGUUGUUGUGGAAUGAGGGCAAAACCUUGGAACUAAUGGAUCCACACUUGGCAGAAUCAUGCAUUGAAUCCCAAGUCGUUAGAUGUAUCCAUGUGGGCUUAUUGUGCGUUCAGAAAUGCAGAAAUGAUAGGCCAACAAUGAGCGCUGUAGUUGUAAUGCUAGCGAACGAGGGAGUGAAGUUACCUCAGCCAAAAGAACCUGGAUUUUUUAUUGAAAGAAGUUCUGAUCAGGACUCAAUGUCCGGAAAUAAUAAAGAAUCUUAUUCACGAAAUGGAGUGACUAUCACGUUUGAUGGUAGAUAGAAACCUCAUGGUUUUGAUCCAUGGAUUAAAUGUGUUUUAGUUCAUAAUAAUGUUAAUAAAACAGUUGUAUUUACAGUAAUGAUGCUCAGUUUGAAGUAAUUUAAUCUCAAUCGAUUGGCCAAUAGUUGUGGCUGUCAUGU